GGGAUCUGCCAAACGCCCAGUAGUGCGGCGGCAGCGACAACCGACGGUGGUGUGUGAACAGUUUUGUAGCGAAAAUGUUGUCCCGAAAAAGUUGCCCGUGACAAGUUGGGGAGCCUGUUUUUAAAUCGUUUUUAACAGCUGAAUUCUUGAUCGAAAGUUAACGCGCGAAUGUGGAACGUGUUCGAAGUCGACCCGCGAGCAAGUGCAAAUCUAGAUGCUGUGAUUGACGCGGAGAUUUGAGGAAAAUCUCUGCCGAGGCUACUGACGAUCACAAAGAGGCGCAGCAACAAGCGAAACGCUCGAGAGGAUUUCGGUCACACGUGCAUAUGAUUUUAGCUGAUACCGCGUAGGCUUGCUUUUCUCGAAGGCCAGAGAGCUUGAAUAAGAUUAUCUCUGGGAUAUAGCACCAACUAGCAUCAUGGGAAAGGAAUUGCUAAACGAUAGCUCUUUUUGCCAACAGUUAGGAGCCACACUAGUUCGCAAUUUUAAACUUAAGAUAAGGGACUCCAGGAAAACGAUUGCCGAAGUAUUCCUGCCACUGUACACACUUGGCACCCUGAUCGUGCUGAAAAUACUGAUACCGAAUCCUAAUUUUCCCGCCAUCACCGAACCACGUGGAGCGGCGUCACUUUUCGAACAUUUUCAGCACCACAAAGCUCACACCAUCGCAGUACUGCCGCAGCCAAAUUCAACCACAACUCAGUCGUUUUUGGAAGCGGUCAAUGACCUAUGGAGAUCGAACCGACAUCACAGUGGUGGGGUCCACCCUAUCAACUGGAUCCUGUACGAUUCGCAGGAAGAUCUGCUGGCUGCAUACUGGCGCGACCCAGACAAAAUGCCGUUGGCACUAAUUUUCCACAGCGACGACCCGAUGUACGGUCAACUGAAGUACGAAAUCCGUACCAAUCCCUCGUUCUUCGUAACGCCGUCCACCACGGAGCUGUACUCCUCGCUGGUCACGUGCAGACAAUCGGACAGUUACUGGUCGGCAGUGAUUCCGAUCGAAACUGGAGACUCCUGCCCGGUGAAUCAGUAUUACUACUCGGGGUUUAUCGCCCUGCAGACACUACUGGAUUACACCAAAAUCAAAAUUGUGACACAGAACGACGACAUACAGAUACCUCACAUCACGCUGGAGAUGUUUCCCAAGGAAGCCUAUACGGGUAAUUGGAUGGUGGCGUUCAGACUAGUGAUACCGAUCUACAUGGUGAUGGCCUUGUCCCAGUUCAUCACAUAUCUGCUGAUACUGAUUGUCGGCGAAAAGGAGAACCACAUCAAGGAGGGCCUCAAAAUAAUGGGCUUGCGUGAUUCGGUCUUCUGGUGUGGUUGGUUCAUUAUCUACGCCGUUUUCGUCACCUUUCUGACGUUCGUUUCGGUGAUUUUACUGUUCUCGCUCGGUGUUUUCCAGCAUACCAACUAUCUGCCGGUGUUUAUAUUGAUACUGCUGUAUAGUUUUUCCGUGAUACUGAUUGGAUUUAUGAUUACGCCGUUCUUUGACAACUCGAGGACCGCUGGCAUCCUAGGAAACUUUGCCGUCAACAUCAUGUCGCUGCUGUACUUCCUGCAGGUGUUCAUCGACGAUACGCACACUUCGGCGGCCUUGUGGACCGUAUCCCUUAUAUCUCCAACCGGUUUCGCCCUGGCCAUGGAUAAAAUCCUCGUGUUGGACAUCUCUGGACAGGGCGUGACGCUUGAUAAUCUGUGGACCGGUCCGGGCAUUCCAAUCGGUGGAUCCAUUCUGAUGUUGGUGGUAGAUAUUCUUCUGUACGCAGGGUUGGCAUUCUACUUUGAUUGCGUGAUACCGUCAGACCAUGGAACCAAGCAGCGGCCGUGUUUCUGCCUGAGUCGUCACUACUGGUGCAAGAAGAAAGUGCCAAAAGUACCACUGCUGAACGGUGAAUCGGCCAACUCGUUCAAUAAUUUGGAUGAGCAACGUGACGUCGAGCCAGUUUCGCGAGAAAUGCGAGGAAAGGAAGCCAUCAGGAUAGUGGAUUUGUAUAAGACGUUUCACUCGUGUCGAAAGCCUGCGGUUAAUGCUGUAAAUGGAAUCAAUUUGACAAUUUAUGAAGGGCAGAUUACGGCAAUUUUGGGACACAACGGCGCCGGAAAGAGUACUCUAUUCAACAUUCUGACUGGGCUGACAUCUCCAACAUCGGGUACGGUGUACAUCUUUGGAUAUGACAUACGGGAUCCAAACGACAUGACAAUGAUUCGAAGGAUGACGGGAGUGUGUCCUCAGCAUGACAUUCUCUUUGAAACCCUAACACCAAAGGAGCAUCUGUAUUUCUUCGCGGCGGUGCGUGGCAUAGCGCCGAACUUGGUGGACAGUGAAGUGAAGAAAACUCUGAGGGACAUUGAUUUGUACGAUGCUGCCGAAACUCGCGUAAAAUAUUUGAGUGGUGGGCAGAAACGGAAGCUUUCGGUUGGAAUCGCGAUUAUCGGAGAUCCAAAGAUUAUCAUCCUGGACGAACCGACAGCUGGCGUGGAUCCAUACUCAAGAAGGCACAUGUGGUCUAUUUUGCAAAACAGAAAGCACGGGAAAGUGAUUUUGCUGACGACUCAUUUUAUGGACGAGGCAGAUAUUUUAGCAGAAAGAAAGGCAGUUGUUUCGAGGGGUCGUUUAAGGUGUUGUGGGUCAUCGUUGUUCCUGAAGAACAAAUUCGGAAUUGGAUACCAUCUUACAUUGGUGUUGGAUUCGCAUGCCUGUGAGGUAGCCAUUACUAAGUUAGUGAACGACCAUGUGCCGAAAGCGGAGAAAGCUAGACGGCAUGGGCGAGAGCUGAGCUACAUUCUACCACACGAUGCUGUAAAUUCGUUUGUUUCGUUAUUCGAUGAUAUCGAGAACGAGAUCAAGACAAAGCGCAUGAAAUUGGGCAUAUGCUCAUACGGAGUAUCGAUGACAACUUUGGAAGAAGUUUUUCUACAUCUGGAGACUCAGCGUGAAGAAGAGCAGAAAGUUGAAACAGAAGAUGAUGAUGAACAGGAUAGUGGUUAUGCUGUAGACAGCUUGAGUCGAAAGGUAAUGAAAAAUAGAGCUUUGCCGAGAAGUUUAUCGCUACAAGAACGAAGUAAUAGCUAUCAAUCACUGAAGAACGAUACGAAAAACUUGCUUGAGGAACAAAAUCUCGAGAAUAAGACUUCGCUUCCGGACAAUGGACUGGAUUUUGAUACAAUCAUACCAAUCAAUGGACUGACAAACGAAGUGGAAGUGGUUCAGAGUGUGAAGAAUUCGACGGGAACUUCCCCUAACUUGAAAGUGCAGCGAAAACGGCAUAGUCGGUCCCGUAAUGGCGUUAGCAAGAGUACCAAGAGCGUUUACGAGGAUACUGGUAAUAACUCAUCGUCGGUUGUGAAAUUGAAUAGUCAAAACAAGACUAACUGGAUGGAUCUGGAAGACAUCGUGCUGGAGCCGUCUUGUCUGAACACCAUCAUAGCGUUACUGAAGCUUCGAAUAACAAUACUAUUUCGUGACAUUCAGCGUCUCUAUCUGUUAAUCAUAUUACCCCUAGCAUUUACUGCAUUAGGUCUGUACUUGAACUCGAUCCAGGUCAUUUCUCCGGUGAUGCGGUCAAUACUCCUAGAUAAUACAACUUACGGCAGCAAUAUUACCAAGAUAGCAGUACAUGAUAAUACCAAUAGACUGUUUUUGCAACACAACCUCUACCAUCACCAUAUGCAGCAGCAACAGCUGCAACAAUCAUUGAUGCUGCAACAACAGCAGCAACAGCAAUCAUCACCGUCACCCAUGCUGCUCCAUCAGAAGCACCAUCAACACCAGCACAACGCUCAGCAGCAGUCCAAAGAAUCAUCAUAUCUUUACCAUCGUUUCAUUGCCGAACUGAAGCAAUCGUCGAACGUCACCGAGGACUACGAUGGCAACUUUUCGUUGCUCCUGGACAUUGCGCCUCACAUGGCCGCGUUCAACAUCAACUCAAUAUCAUGGACAAAUGUGUCAAUAACUACCUUGUACAAUGAUACUACUCAGCAUAGUCUACCAGUAAUAUUAAACCUAAUUAGUAAUAGUCUGCUGCGUUUGUUCGCCGAACACAGCCAACCAUCCUCGAUCACACCUCCCGCUACGGUGUCACCGGAGUCAAUCCUCGACAUUGAACUUCGUUCGCAUCCAUUCCAGCAGACGACCCAACCACAAGAGUUCAACAUCGGAACUUUUUCGUCGGCGCUGUUCGUUGGAAUGAUCUUCGUGUUGAUUCCGGUUUCACUUGCCGUCGACAUGGUGUACGAUCGGGAGAUGAAGGCUCGAAACCAACUGCGAGUUAACGGGCUUUCCUCGUCGCUCUAUCUAUCGGCUUACUUUAUUGUGCUGUCUGUGCUGAUGAUACUGAUCUGUGCCGCCCUGCUGGGGCUGGUUUACUUGUUCGACAUUCCUUCGUUCCGACAGCCGCCGGCGCUUAUUACUUUGGGCUUGCUGGUAUUCUUAUACUCGCCGGCAGGUAUCCUGUGUUCAACGUGCUUCUCUUACUUUUUCGACCGAACCGAUUCGGCGCAGUCCAUCCUACCUAACAUCUUAACAUUCGUCGGACUGAUUCCUUUUAUAUUGGUAGUGUUCUUAGAUAUGUUAGGAAUUGAGGUAAAAGCAGCGUUCGCCUUACAUUUUGUGUUUUCGCUGAUCAACCCGAUGUACAUCCCGUACGCCACGGUGUACUUCGUCGAUCGGGUGUACAUCGCGUGCCAGCUGAGUUCGGCUUGUGCGGAACUCUCGAUGGCCCACUACAUGACGGAGGAGAUGAUCGUGAUGGCCUGCGGCUGUCUGCUGCACAUUCCGAUUUGGGCGUUCUGCCUGCGGAUAUCGGACGUGAUGAAAAGCGGCGGCCGGCUGCGGGAUCUUUUCCAUCACAAGGCGAGCGAAGAAGACGUUAUGACAGAAGAUCAGUGCAUCGGAGAGCAUGAAGAUGAGGAUGUUCGAAAUGAGCGUUCGAAGGUGUUUCGAAUGACUACUCAAGAACAACCCGGACAAAUUCAACCAGUGGUCUUGGUGAAGAGUCUACGAAAGGAGUUCUCCCAGGAUUCGCUAUGCGGAAACUGUUGCUGUUGUGUAGACGAUGAGCCACCACGGAAAAAGGUAUCUGUUCGUAGUUUAUCGUUCGCUGUAGAUGCCGGAGAAGUUUUGGGAUUGCUAGGGCAUAACGGGGCUGGUAAAACAACUACCAUGAAGAUCAUGACUGGUGAAACGAUGCCAACGAGGGGGACGGUACGUGUGGCCGGUCACAGUAUAACUAUCAACCAGGACGAUGCGUUCAAAACGCUAGGAUAUUGUCCACAGCACGACGCCCUGUGGAAGAACAUAACGGUGCGAGAACACCUAGAAUUGUACGCCCGCAUCCGAGGUGUAGCGAGAAAAGACAUGAACCGCUUGAUCAGCACAUACCUUAAAGGUCUACACAUAAGUGAACAUGCCAACAAGCAAACGCAACAUUGUUCCGGAGGAACCCGCCGCAAGCUUAGCUAUGCCAUGGCUAUGGUUGGUUCACCAAAGGUGGUUCUAUUGGACGAACCAUCCACCGGAAUGGAUCCCAAAUCAAAGCGGUUCCUAUGGGACACCAUUCUCGCUAGCUUCCAUGGAAAACGCUGCGCCAUGCUGACGACCCACUCGAUGGAGGAAGCCGACGCGCUGUGUUCGCGGGUCGGAAUCAUGGUUAAGGGGGAAUUGAGAUGUCUCGGUUCGACGCAGCAUCUGAAGAACCUGUACGGAGCGGGCUAUACGCUCGAAAUCAAACUGAAGCACAUAGAGAGCGUGUACAGCGAGACGCCAAUCGAAAGCCAGCCGAGUAGCAGCCAAGAGCAGCUACAGCUGGAUCAGAACAGUUCGGAGCACAUCGGACCGGUGCCGGUCAUCAGCAAUUGCAUCGUCAAUCGAUCGAUGGCGUUGCGUAACUUUGUGACUGAUCUGUUCCCUAGUGCCACCCUGGAGGAGAGCUUCGCCGAUCGAUUGGUGUACUCGGUGCCCCAAAAGGCAGUCAGCUCGUUGGCCGAGUGCUUCUCGCGAUUAGAGAAAGCCAAAACGGAACUGGACAUCGAGGAGUACUCGUUCAGCCAAACCACCCUGGAGCAGGUGUUCCUCAAGUUUGCCCACUACGACGAGGACACAUCCAGCGUGCAGUAAUGGAGCUCGCGCCAUGAAAGCCAUGUUCUUUAUUAGCAGGUACAGUAAUAUUUAGGCAGCAGAGUGUGGUUUAUAGUCAUAGUCAUUUAGCAAGUGCGGUGUGCGUGAACGGGAGCGACGAGCGGAUGAUGCUUCUUCUAAUCGGAUGUAAAAAGUGCAAGUAAAAACCAUUAUGCUGAAUAGUCAUAAUUAUCUAGUCGAUAGGUAAGUUUAAUUGAAAAGCAAAACCCAAAGAGGUAAUUAUUUAAUAAUUAAAUUCUGAAGGUAUCUUUAAAAGACGGAAAAUGACGAAAAAAGUGAACAGCGCUAAAUUGAUUAACCCUUAAUAUAAAUUAAUUAUAAAUUAUUACAAUAAAGUGAAAUUACAAUAAGUCAACCCAAAACAACAAAACCAAAUGGAACUAAAACAUCGGACGCGCAUCAAGGGGUAAACCCCCCAAAGAAGAAAACCCACGAAGAGUAAAAACGACGGCAAAAACGAAAACAAAAAGAAGGAAGUAUUGAUAGAUCUAAGCUAGCGAUUUAGGAAAGGAGAAAACAAUUCGGAGCAAAAAGGGCGUGAUUCAUUCGAACAAACAAGACGACAUUAAGAAAUUUGUUUUGCAUCUGUGAUUUAUUACGAUCAGUAAACCCAAAAAGGUGAGGAAAUGAUCCAUUCCAAAAUUAUGAAAAGAAAUCAUUAAACAUUAGGAUGAAAAUUGCAAAGAAAAAACGUGGUUUAAAUAAAAUUGUGAAAUAUA